UAGCUAAGGUUUCCAUUACCGGAUAUGGUGGGUGGGGGGAAGGGAGGUAGUAGGAUUGAGUUGGGGGGGUAUACCCCCCAACAAAAUUAGCUUAGGGGCAUUAUAUAUUCAUACUCAACAGAAGCAACUAGCAGUUGCUGUAAUUUGGUCUAAGCUAAGGAAAAGACAAGAAAAAUGGGGAAAAGAAGGAUAAAGGAGACAAAAAGAAAACAGAAGAAAGGGAGAAGAGUGAUUCAAAAAGCAAAAGAGAGAAGAGGAGGACACAGGAGGAUGAUAUUUGUGAGAAAAAAUCAUGAAACAGACCGAGAGGAUCAAGACAUAAUGGGAGCAUUUUUAGAUAAGCCAAAGAUGGAAAAGCAUAAUGCCCAGGGGCAGGGUAAUGGGUUGCGUUAUGGGCUAAGUAGCAUGCAAGGCUGGCGAGUUGAAAUGGAGGAUGCACAUACGGCUGUGAUCGGUUUGCCAAGUGGACUUGAAACAUGGUCAUUCUUUGCUGUAUAUGAUGGGCAUGCUGGUUCUCAGGUUGCCAAAUACUGCUGUGAGCACUUGUUAGAUCACAUCACCAAUAACCAGGAUUUUAAAGGGUCUGCAGGAGCACCUUCUGUGGAAAAUGUAAAGAAUGGAAUCAGAACAGGUUUUCUGGAGAUUGAUGAACACAUGAGAGUUAUGUCAGAGAAGAAACAUGGUGCAGAUAGAAGUGGGUCAACAGCAGUGGGUGUCUUAAUUUCUCCUCAACAUACUUAUUUCAUUAACUGUGGAGACUCGAGAGGUUUACUUUGUAGGAACAGGAAAGUUCACUUCUUCACACAGGAUCACAAACCAAGUAAUCCGCUGGAAAAAGAACGAAUUCAGAAUGCAGGUGGCUCUGUAAUGAUUCAGCGUGUGAAUGGCUCUCUGGCUGUAUCGAGGGCCCUUGGGGACUUUGAUUACAAAUGUGUUCAUGGAAAAGGUCCUACAGAGCAGCUUGUCUCACCAGAGCCUGAAGUCCAUGAUAUUGAAAGAUCUGAAGAAGAUGAUCAGUUCAUUAUCCUUGCAUGUGAUGGUAUUUGGGAUGUUAUGGGAAAUGAAGAGCUCUGUGAUUUUGUAAGAUCCAGACUUGAAGUCACUGAUGACCUUGAGAAAGUUUGCAAUGAAGUAGUCGACACCUGUUUGUAUAAGGGAAGUCGAGACAACAUGAGUGUGAUACUGAUCUGUUUUCCAAACGCACCCAAAGUAUCCCCAGAAGCAGUGAAGAAGGAGGCAGAGUUGGACAAGUAUCUGGAAAGCAGAGUAGAAGAAAUCAUAAAGAAGCAGGGGGAAGGAGUCCCUGACUUAGUCCAUGUGAUGCGCACAUUAGCCAGUGAGAACAUCCCCAGCCUCCCACCAGGGGGUGAAUUGGCAAGCAAGCGGAAUAUAAUCGAAGCCGUUUACAAUAGACUGAAUCCUUACAAAAACGAUGACACUGACUCUACGUCAACUGAUGAUAUGUGGUGAAACUGCUCAUCUAGCCAUGGAGUUUACCUUCACCUCCAAAGGAGAGUACAGCUCAACUUCACUGAACCUUUUAAACAUCCAUCCUCAACUUUAAAGAAGGGCAUGUGAUGGGUGAGAGUGAUCACACCAGAGAACUUCAGCAGUACAACAGCAAGCCCAGAACUGAUUUUUUUUUUUUGUAAAUUUGAGACUUAUGUAAACGUGAUUUCAAACCAUAAUUCAUGUUGUAAAUCAGACUCCAGCAAUUUUUGUUGUAUGAUUUUUUGUUUUUUUUUGUAAAGUGUAAUUGUUCUUGUACAAAAUGCUCAUAUUUAAUUAUGAACUGCUUUAAAUCACUAUCAAAGUUACAAGAAAUGUUUGGCUUGUUGUGUGAUGCAACAGAUAAAUAGCCCUUGAAGUCAUGUUGUGUUUGGACUUGGGUUGGGACAGGGAGAGCAGCAGCCAUGUCAGCUCCAUGCUCAAAUGUACACAUGAUUAUGGAAAAUAAUUUCAAAAUCUUUACAAAGCCAAACAUUUAGUAAGUUACUGCAAACUAUCUUAAUGUUCUUGGCAGUGGGAUUGGCAUUGUUGAAAAUGGUCCCCUCAUUUAACUGUCUUUUAGGUUGUCCUCUCCUUGUUGCCACAAGUAUUGCAGGUAAUACAGUAUAUUCAUAAGAAUAUCAAUCUUGGGGCUAGAAUGCCUUGAUUCUUUGCACCUCUUUUACAAGUCCUUACAUUUAAUUACUAAUUGAUAAGCAGCAGCUUCCUACACAUAGUAGGAGACUGCCACAUUUUUGCUAUCAUGAUUGGCUGGGCCUGCUGCUGUUCCUAUUAAGAUAUUCUGAAUUCCAUUUUAUCAAUAAAGCUUGAUUUAACAAACAAGAAAUUUAAUCAUGUAUGUGUAAUUCCUCCUUUAGCCCCGUCCUUUAAAAACAUGAUGCCAUUGUAAAAGAGAAGUUUCUCGUGGGGAAAGAUGUUAGUCUUUUUUAAUUGGAAAGUACUGUUACUCAGAGCAUAGAUGGAACUGUUUUCCUUCCAUUAGAAAGACUGAAAGAUUCAAGUCUCUGUUGUUCCUUAAUUUUUCAAAUGGAUUUUUCUGGCUGUUUUUCAUUAAGAUGUGUUAUUAGCUUAAAUUUGCCUACUGUUUAAUUAAAAUAAUUGUCAAAGGGUGACAAUCUAACACUCUAUUAUAGGGGUGUGUGUCUGUGUGUGUGUGUGUGUGUGUGUGCGCGCGUGCGUGCGUGCGUGCGCGCGCGCCUGUGAUUUUUAAUUGGCCCAUGUCUUUAGAAUCCAAGUAGUUAAGAUGUAUUUGUGAUUUGAAAUAUAGCAUGUUGAUAAUAUUUAGCUGUUGGCCUUUAAAAAUAAUUUUCAAAACUUAAAGAGUUGUAGAUAUAAAAACAGCCUAAUUUAACUUAGGCUUAAAUUCCUCUGAUUAAGCAUGUGAAAGUAAGGUUUUUAAAAUCUGUCACAUUGAAAAAACUGUUCUGUGCCCUUCUGUAUUUUUGUCUUUUUAGGUUGCAUAUUGUAUUUAUUGCCAUGUAAUUUAAUCAUUCAGUAGGCAGAGUCCCCACUAGAAAACUAUUAAAAUGUAUGGUUAAAAUACAACAUUGACUACAAAAUCAAAGCUUUGUGUAUAAAAGAUAGUAUAAUCAAUUUUGUUAAUUUGCUUUUUCUCUAAUUUGGAAAUAUACAUAUUUGUAUAUAUAGCCUUAAAACUAAUGUAAAGUUAGGGGAGUAGUGGGAAAAGUAAUGUGAAAUGUCUCAGACUUAAGUAGUUAAAACCAGCAAAAUCUUUUCAUCAUCCCUCUUAUUCGUGAGGUGAUUAAAUGUAACUUAAUUGUAUUUAAUAUAUAUCUUAAUCCAGCAUGAAGAAAAACAAGUACUAUUUAUAUUUAGAAAUUCAUAACAGUUGGAAUUACAGAACCAAUUCCGUACUUAACUUACAAAUAAAUGCUUAAUGUCUAAAUCUGGUAGAGUGAGAAGUAUGAUAAUGUUCUAAGUUAUAGCUUUGCAAGCAUCUAAAUGUACAUUUAAUGAAUACCAGUGCUUUAACGUAGAUUGAUUACCAGGCAUACUAGUAUUGAAAACUAAAUCCCUAUUUACAAUAAGCCAGGUCCUUAGCUUUUAUAAAUAGAUUGAAGUUUUUAGUUCUGGAAAUUUCAGUAUCUUGAAUUCUUGAGAUGUAAAACCUUAAAUCACAAGUAAAAUAUGUGAUGGAAAGCUAUAUUUCAAACCAUAACAACAUUAGAGCCCUUUUUAUUUGAGUCUUUAAAUAAAAAGGAGAUUAAAGUAUUCCUCUGUUAAAAUUAUAAGUACUGAAGUUAGGUUUAGAAGUGAGAGAAAACUUGUUAAAGUGUGAUCUAAGAAGACUAAAUCUUUUCCACAUGAGUCAGCAUUGCCAUACUAGAUACAAUUUUUCAUUAUAAAAUACAGGAAGGAAAUAUACAGCAGACUGUGUGUGUUCUUGAUUUCUGGGGGUAAUGGUGGUAGUGGGGAUCCAGCUACACUUUCAAAAUGCACCUCUGCACCUCUAUUAUACACUUCAUUUUUGUACCACUUGAAUUCUUUACCCCAUGCCCCCUUUCGUGUGCUAAUUAAUUAGCAUCUCAGGGCAACGCCUCAGAUUUUUUUGAUGUGCUAUAUGUUAUUUGGAGGGGAAAAGUUCUUAUAAGACAAUAUACUUAAUAUUCAUUUAAUAUAGUUAAUAUACUUAAAUUUCAUUUAAGUGUUUUAAUAGCAUGAAGCCAAUUUGCUGCUUUUAAUGGGAAAUUAACUAUAUAGCAGAUUCUUAUCCUAAUAUUAAAUUUUUCUGAUCUCUUUGUUUUAGCAAGGCAAGAUCUCUUAUUUCCAAUUUUUUAGAGCAUAUACUUUUACAGAUAGCUGAAGCAUCUUAAUAUUAGCACUGACCUAAAAUCAAAGUGAUAUUUUUUUCUUUAGAACUAACUCAGACAUUUUUAAUUAUAAUGCUUUCUAGUAGAGGGCAAUUAGUACACUGCUUCAGCCACUUAAUUCUUCUUACUAAUUACAUUACAAAAUUUGGAUUGAAGAAUUACAUAAAUCCAAUAAUCUGAUAUAUAGGUGUACUUGUAGUGACCAUCCAUUUGACCAUGUUAGUCCAACUAAUAACCCAGCUUUUUCACCAGAUGUAUUCAGUGUUAUCUGCAAAGCACUGUUCUAGGCCACGCACCUUGGAACUAUAAAGAAAGUGAAUAGGCCCUUGCCUUCAAGAAGUUUGCAUUCAAGUUGAGUUUAAUAUAAUGUAUGCUAUUACAACUGGGUUACUCGUCCAAAAAAAAUUGUUAUUGCCAACCUGCCAGAUAGUUUCUUGAACAAGGCAGGUCUCUGCUCUGCAGAACUCAUUUGUACUUCAUUCACCUUGAAAAUUCUUUCCCUUUAUUUUCUUCUCCACUAAGCUAAAAAUCUCAUUCAAAAGAAAAUUUUGUUUAGCAUAGGAAUAAAUUUGGACUGAUGAGAUGUAAAUCUAUUCAGAAUACUUAAUUGCCUUAACAAAUGGCCUUCUUCCAUUCCUACUGACCGCAGCAAGUCAGAGAAAUAGGUGGUAGAUUUCUUAAAGUUCUCCCACCCUGAAAACAGUGGUGGCCUGUCAGUUGAGGGCAGUUAACAAAUAUAUCUCUCUAAUUUGUCUUAUUAAAGUGAAAACUGUUCUUGAAAACACACUGCCAGUGUUAAUAGCCAAUUUUAGCUAUGUUUUAAAUUUUUUAAAUAAUUUCACUGCCUAUCAUUACUGAACAAGUUCCCAUAUGGAAAUUCAGUGAUUUCUGAAAGAACUGAUGAAAUUGGGUACCAGUGUUUUCUUGAAUUUUGAAUUUUAAGGUAUACACUUAAUUCAUAAAGUUUGAAAGAGGUUUAUGACUAUAAUAUUUUGAUUGCUAUUUGUACAGUAUUAAUUUAGGGUUUGGUAUUAGAAAAUAUAUAAAUAUAUCAGUAUAUAGAAGUUUGUCAUUUGAGGUUUUUCUUUGAAGAAACCUUAAGAGUUCCAUGUACUUUUUUGCUUACAGAUACUGCUGGUGAGAUGAUCAUUUCUGAGUGAUCUAGUCUAAUUUUUUUUUAGGUGUUAGGAAGACGUCAUUAUAGUUCAAAGUCUUCCUUUAAUUCUAGAAUUCAUCGAUGUGUCAUGAGUUUGAGAUUAUAUUUGUUUUAAAUUAUACAUUUCAGAAUAUGCUUGAAAUAUUUAAGAAUACAUUUUCUAAUGUUAUAAUACUGUACUUUGUGUUGGUAAGAGUACUAAGUCUCAGUUAAGUGUUAUUAGUGGUAGUCCAAAUGCUAUACAGAAACGAGAGAGAUUUGGCUCCACUUCAUUUUCAAAUGAACAUUUCCAUUUUUGUUCACUUCAACAUAGAUUCUUUCCCUUUUACUUGCUUUAUACAUUAAGCUACUGGUCUUCUUAUGUUUUCUUAAUAUUACUAGCAAGUAGUUUUGUGCCAACUAGAAAAACUUAACACAUACUGAAAUUGUAGUUGAUACUUUUAUUAGAUGCUAGGCGGGUGGGGGGAGUUUGUUUUUGAUACACUAUAAAAUGACUUAUUUUUUCCCUCCUUUGUCCUGCACAAAAUUUUGUUUCAUUUCCUCUGCUGCCUGUCUGGUGGUUUCUCUUUCUUUUUUCAAAUUGCCUCAUCAAAUCUAAUUAAUACUGUAACACUGGGCCAAAACCAGGAAAACUUGGGCGAUAAAGAGGAGUGGGGAGAUGCCAGUGAGAAAAGAGGAUAAUUCUUGAUUAUUUGAAAGGCAAGAAGAACGUCUUCCAUGGUCCCAUCUAUAUAUAUGGUUAAGAACUGUUACAUAAACUAGGGAGAAUGAACCUUUGCUUCUUCAGAUAAUUUGAUUUUCCCAGCAAGGGAGAUAAUGAUAAAGAAUUACUGCUGCUUUAACAAAGAAAUAACUGAGAAAAAGAAAUGCACUGUUCAUCACAAAAACCCAACCUUUCAAUUCUUUUCAUUGCUCCCAAACCCAGUUUUCUACUAAUAGCUUUCUCAUUGUUUAGGACAAUUAUUUAUAGUUAUUCCUUUCUUUUUACAUAGCCCCUCCUGACAUAGUAAAGGAUUAUUUAGUGACACUUAAUUUGUAUGGUUCUUUCUGAAGUAAGUUAGAUUUGAGUAGGAGAUUGGGUAGCUGCAGAACAAAAUAGUAAGAGCUUAGGCAGAAUGAAUGGCACAACUUUUAUUAUAGUGAUAGUUCUUAACCUUUAGCAUUACAGGGCCUUUGAGAUUAAUGAAUUCUAAGAACUUCCUUACACAGGGAAAUGCAUAAUGUACAUAAACUCCUCAAAGUUUACAGUAUUUCAGUGAUUCAUGAGUCCCAUGGUUUUGAUCCCACACUAUAACAGAAUAGUCUUUUUUUUCUGUAAAGCCCAUCAAAAAUGUCUAAAGGGCAUCAAAAUAAUUGAGUUAAGGAUAAAAGUAGCAGAAGUAGAGGAAACCUAAGCUAGAAUCUGUAGUAUAAUACUUUUUUUAUAUGUUGCAUUUUGAAGAAAAGGAGAUUGCUUAAAGGUGAAAAGAUAGAGUAUUUGAGCUAGCUUUGGAGGUUAACAUUCUUUUCUAAAAUUGCCACUUUUGAAAUUCAACAGAAAAUAGGAAAGACAAUAACUGAAUAUGUCUGUCCUGCAGAGUGCAGACAUAAUAAAGUCACAUGCAGAUGUCACAUCUGUCACUUCUCUAACUCAGGAUUGAGUUCCCUGGUGUAAGAGUUGAUUAAAUGUUUAAUUCACUUCAGAGUCUAAGCAGCUAGGUGUUUACUUACUAAUACAGAAUAUUAAAAUAGGAUGUAACUAACCUAAGCCAGAAAUGCACAGGGUUAAUGAAACUUUUACUCAAAUAUAACUACCAUGAAAAAAUUGAUUAGCUUGUUGCAGUUCUUGCCAAAACUGGAUGUUCAUGUGGAGCCUAUUCCUAUUUUGAUGGAAUUUUGAAACACAGAAACCAUUUUUUUACUUGUUUAGACCUAAGUCAACAGCACAUCUGCAGGAAAAUACCUUGUUUGUAGAAAUAUGCUCCAAUACUGUUGGUUUCACUCAAAAUGAUUUAUUUUACUUAAUUUGUAUAAAUGCUAUGAGUGGAGCGUGCACAUGUUAAAAGCAUCUUGCAUUACAUAUAGUGUCACUUUUUAAAUCUAUAAAUGUAAAACUAAUACAACUGCAAAAAUAUUUUUCUUACAGUGUGUAGCAAAGUUCUCCACAGUAACUCACCCACACUUUGCAGUUUAUGUGAUCCAAUCUUUUAAAAAAUUUUUCCAUAAAUGUAUAUUUUUUAUUAUGUACCAUUUCCUGGUCCAAAGAAAAUAUGUGAAUUCAGUUCUAACUUUAAGAAUGUACUUUUGUUUUCAAGUUCGUUGAAGAAAUUGCAUUCAGUCUGUGAAUAGUUGCAGAUUGUAUGUGAGAUGAAAAGUAGAAAUUUCUAGUUUGCAAAACUGGUUCCACUAAAUAAACAGGCAAUUGCAUAAUGUGUGUGUUUAUGAUUGAUUGAUAUUGCAAGGGAUGAUUUUGUUCUGACUAGACACAUAGAAUAUUCUAAAUCAGUUUUUAGGAGACGUUAAGAGAAUUUUUUUCAACUCAACUUGGUUAAUUUGCUCAAAAAGAUAAAUCAGUCACAAUCCUAACUAGACUUGUCCCUUCCUAAUUUUAGGAAGAUUUCCGAAACUAGUAAAUUUGGGUUAAAUGAUUAGUUUCAUGAAAACAUUCUAGAAAUAAAGUAGCCAUAAGUUUUUCCUCUUUGUUUUCUUCAGAUGAUAUCUUUUUCUUUAAAGAGAUGAGAUUGGGAAUUGGGAGGUAUCUGGGAAAGGACUUUUCUCCACAUAGGGUGCCUGCUUCCACGUAAACUCGGGUGUGGUGUGUGUGAGUGUGAAUGCUUACUUCUUUUGUAAUUCUGUUAAGUGGUUGUAUUACCUUUUUCCUGUCUUCCAUCUGCCUGAAUAGACCUUACAUAAUUGGAGGGACUUUAGGGUAUGUCGAACUGGUCAUGUAAACGAAAUUCUGUAAACUGCAAGCAUUUAUUUUGUUUGUUGUUAGUAACAAUGAGGGAUCCUAACCAAAGGCAGUAAGACUGAGACAAAAAUUCAUAUGGCACAUGUGUAACUAGAACAAGGGUUCACCUAUCCAAGUAUGUUGUACUUUUAUUAUCUUUUUAAAUUAUUUUUUUGAACAUUGAAGGUAAGGGCUUUUUAAGUAAAAAUGAUUUUUCCCGUUGUUACUGAGAAACUCAUACUGAGCUACUCUUCUUUUUUCUUUUUUCCUUGUUAUCAUUUAAUAGCUCAGACCGAAAUUCCCAUCAAAUCACAGGAAUUUCGAUUCUAGUUGGAAAGCCUGUUUGAUGAACUACUGCAGAAAAAUUUGAUGUGCAUGCCCUCUAUAGGACGUUACCUGCCACAAGAUCCAUUUGCCAGAGAACAGUAAAAGAUCUGUGCUCCGCUGCUGCCAGUUGUCUAUAAAAAGAUUGAUAUUUACUUGUCCUGAUACCUUAUAUAGGGUGCCCUGGAGAAUCUUAAGCUUUCUAUAAGAUGUGUGUUUUGAGUUAAUUGUAUUGUUACCUAAAUGGUGGAGUAGCUGAACACUACAGGUGUGCCAUUCACUGCUGUGGGUUAGAUGUGGGCUUGGGUCUUCCAGACCAAAGCACUUUCUCUAUGGCUUUCCUGAUGAUACAAGUUUUUCCAGAUGUUAAUUUGAACCAGUGAAAUUUGUAAUAUUUAAUAAUUUUUAUCUACCAAAACGACAGUUUUAUCUGGUUCAAUCCAAUCAUUUCUAAAAUCAGUUGUUCUUACAUGAUCAGAUUGCAAGUCAGUACUUCUCUCAUUUGUAUUUCAAGUUAAUCAUGUCUCCUUAAAACAGACCCUUUGAACUGGGUAACAGUAUGUGUGCAUGUGUGUAUGUGUUUGAACAAUGUUGUAAGUAAGUCACCAUUAUAGACAAGGCCAAGUUUAUAAUUUCUACAUUAAAUUUAACAAUGCUCUUAUCUUAAGAUAGCUUUUUAAUUACUAACAUAUUCUUUGUCAGCCCUACUAUUUAGGGAGUCCCUACAGAUGCUAUAGUAUUAAUUAGAUCAACAUGCUACUUAGACAUUGUUAUGAGAAAUGUUAUUCCAGCAGUAAUCUCGUAAGGAAACAGUAUUGAAUUUAAGUAUGCUUGGGUAGGAUUUAAAUAAUAAAGAUAGGAAAAUGAUUUUAAGGUUUUAUUUUGAAUUAAGUGAGGUGAGAGGAGAGUUCCUAACAUUUAUUAAGCGUGCUGAGAUGUAUGGAUGCAACUCAGUCUGUAACAGUGCGGUAAGACUGAAGAAGUCUCUGAAAAUCAUUCUUUAAGUACAGUCUGUUAAAGCUGGAUGAAUGCUCUGUUCUAGGUGACAAUCAGAUUCUGACUUAGAUUGUAGUGCCCUAUUUUUAUAUUGUGCUAUUUGUGUUUCUUUGGGUAAUAGUAGACUGAAUUUAUCUUUUAAAAUCAAAAGGUUUGCCAAGUUUGUAACUGGUGUAGGUCAGAAGGGUUGUGUUUACCUUGUGUUAGCAUAUGGUCCCCACUUACAGAAUGUGUGUCUUCUAAAUUCUCAGUAUACAGUCUUGAUGUGUAUUUCAUUGUACUUAACGAAGAAAAUGUUUUUGCAGAGAGUCAUCUUUCUAAGAAAAGCUUAUUCCUAAUUAUUUUAACCUCUGAAUUUUCAACUGCUCACAAAACUGAAAGGUUGUGUUUUUUAACUAAAAGUCUCCAGAACAUCCCUAACACAAUUAACUAAAAUGUUCUAGUGAUUGGAUGUACUAGAAGCACAUGGGAAGUGACUUUUUUAACUUGUUAAGCAAAUAGAAGUCUUCAUAUAACUGGUAUAAAUUCAGUUUUUAUCACUGUCUGCCUUUCCUGGUGUAUUCUGACAUUUUGCUACACUGAUCCUCAAUAAAAUAGGGAGGAGUAUUAGCAUUUUAUAAACGGCUUCUGUGCUUAGAUCACAGAUGUUCUUCCAUAGUAUUUACUUUUAUAUCUAAUUCAGAGUGCCUGCCAUGACUUUUUCCUUUAUUUUGGUUUUAAAUAUGUAAGUUCCUAGGCAACAUUCUGCUUUAGGACUUCCGUAAAUAUUUUGUAGAAAAGUUUGAGGUCACUGAAUUCUAUACAUCCCUGCAUACCAUAAGGGAUUGCUUGCCAUGUGCUCUGUCCUGAUUUUUGUAACAUACAGGCUGAACUAUUUGAUGACAGUAUGGUUAUAAGUGUACUAUAUUUGCAUGUGUAAAUAUCCUUGUUCAAGGGUGACUUCACAGUUCCUGUCACUAGUAUUACUAAUUCAACUUGACCUUCAAAAGCUUGCCACUUCACAGCCGGAUGGAUUGGCAUCUGACAGGACCACAGUGUUGAGAAAAGCUUCAUCUCAGGAGGAGCAGAGUUCCAAGAAGGAAGCUUCGGGAGUGCAAGUCUCUAUAACUGAGAUCAUUUAGUUGGUUCUUCAAAUCUGUUGGGAUUGUCUUGAUAUUCUUAGUUUAUUGGACUGAAAUUCAAACACUAUGUUCAAAAAUCAUUUGUUCAGGUAUAAACAAUUUGAUUAUGUGAAAAUCAUUGUCCUUUCUAACCUUGGAAUAACGAAGUUUUAAUGAAGUUGGCAUUUUUCCUUUUUGGCAAGGGAGGAAGAAAUGUGGUGGGGAAAAGAUAUACUAAAGGCAAGAAGAAGAGGUUGUUUGGAAAACCAAGGUAUUUUGUGUGUGUGAUUUUUUUUUUUAAUUGUUUUUCUGAAAUUUAAAAUGAAAUUAAUCCUUAUAUUUCAUAGUAGUCAAUAAUGCAUCACUGGUUGGUAGAUUAGUAUAAAGUCUCUUUUCUCACCCUUAUGUCCCUGCAAAAGCCCUGUUUUAGGGGGGAAAGGGAAUGAUCCCAUUUUAAUUGUCAACUCUCACUUGUAGUUUGAUUAGGGAAGCAAUUAAAAUGAUAUCUAAAAUAAGGAUUACAGAUUUUCUUUCUAUUAUCUGCUCCCUGAAUUCUCUGAAGCAGUGGUUCUUAGCCUACUGACAAGAUAGAAUGAGCUGGGAAGCUUAACAAACCAUCAUCACUGGAGGUUAAGUUGGAAGG